AUGCCGUAUUCUGUGAAUGUGAUCCAAGAUGUGUGUGCAAGUGCUUCUGGGAAGGAAUGGACAGGAAGAAGGGCCGUAGAAGCUGAGGAUGCAGGGAAGGAAGCAGCUGGCGGAGGAGAAGUAGACGAAGCAGACGAAGAAGAAGAAGCAAAAGGCAGCCUUUUCAGCGUCUCUUCGUUCGUCGUCUUCUUCCUCUUCUUCUGCGGAUUUGUCUUGCUGCUUGGCUGA